UCAUGAACUUUAACCUCCCUUGCUUUAUUCCUUCAUACCCUAUUUAAUAAACAGCCUUUGUUUAUGUCCCAUUCUUUUAAUCUUAUCCUUAAUUCAAUUACUAGGUAUAGCUUUAACCAAUUUAAACAUUUAUGCCUUAAAAUGAAUUAAUAUAAUAGCUUCCCCAAGUUGAAAUUCAAGAGCUCAACUAGAGAAGAAUAGAAUAGCCACAAUAAAAAGAAACAGAAAAUUCUUCAUCUACUUCACAUUCAUUGGCUAUAAUGAGUGCCAAAAUUACAGAAGAUAAGCCAAUGUAAAAAUAGGAAAAAAAUUAAAAAUCCUCAAAUCACUUAAACAAUUAGGUUUAAUUUGAAAAAGAGUCAAAGAAUAUAUAAAAGAAUUACGCUAAAGCCAUUGCUAGCUUUGUUUAUAAAAAUAAGUCAUUAGCUUCUAAAAUCUUAGGCAAUCAAGGAGUUGAUGAAUUUAUUUAAUUAACAAAGUUAAUAAAAAACUAGAUCUAAAAUGUUAGUCAUAUUUCUUAAUAUACAAACAAUUAAGAUUUUAUUAAGGCUUUUAGAAUUUUAGGGUAUUAAUAAUAUAUGUAAAUUAUUAUUUAGAAACUAUUUCUUAAAAACCAAAAGUAAUUCUUAUAUAUUCAACUCAAGAAUAUUAAAAAAGAAUAGCCAUCUUAGACAUAAAAAAUUGAUCCACCAUAGUCUUUUAAGAUGUUGA